AUGGCCAACCCAGGCAUUGUCAUGCGUCUCUCUGAGACCCCAGAGAGACCAGCGGUGCCCUUCCCAAAUAUCGAGGGAACAUAUAUCCUGGAAGCAAAUGACGGCGAAACACCUUCAUUCAACACCGUCUACUUCCUCAGCGAUAUCGGACCAAUAUUAUCUUCUUCCACUCACUACGACGCCGACAUCAUCACUAACAGUGCCGGACCAACCUCCCUCUCAUGGAAGGUCUGUGCCUACAUCAACGGGCGCGACCGCACCAACGGGACCGAUUCUUCUGAACCCACGCCUCAUCUCCUACCGGAGACACCCGUCACAAGCUCCAUUAUGGUGGCUAAUGGGUCUACUCCUCGAGUGGACAAGGAGCAGGACUACCAUGAUUGGUAUGACCAAGAGCACGGGGAAAAGCUAAUGCAAGUGCCAGGCUGGAAUGCAGCUAGACGAUACUCCUUGGUGAAGGUUUAUGGAGAGGCUGAGACGGCAAAGUAUUAUGGUUUGAAUUUUUAUGAUCAAGAGAAUGGGUUGGGGGGACCUGAAUGGAAGGCUGGUGUCACUGAGUGGACGCUACGUGUAAGGAGCAAUGCGGCAAAACCCAAUAUCCGGAGGGUCUGGAAGUUUGAGGGAGUUAAUAUGGCUUGA